UGGGAACUGUAAUCUACUGAACUGAACUGAGCAGUAAUGUCUGGAAGAGGAAAAGGCGGAAAGGGUCUGGGGAAAGGAGGCGCUAAGCGUCAUCGCAAGGUUUUGCGUGAUAACAUCCAGGGAAUCACCAAGCCUGCAAUCCGUCGUCUCGCUCGCCGUGGUGGUGUGAAGCGUAUCUCUGGCCUCAUCUAUGAGGAGACCAGGGGAGUGCUGAAGGUGUUCCUGGAGAACGUCAUCCGUGAUGCCGUCACAUACACUGAGCACGCCAAGAGAAAGACCGUCACCGCUAUGGACGUCGUCUAUGCUCUGAAGCGUCAGGGCCGUACUCUGUAUGGCUUCGGUGGAUAAAUCUGAACGUCUGGUGACUACCCCCAAAGGCUCUUUUAAGAGCCACCACUUUUGCAAUAAGAAGCUGAAACGUCCAUGUAACAGCUUAGCUGUUGUAUCUAAACUACACAGCCAGACCCAACGAUAAAAAAAACUUCGACUUAUCUUUUCACACGUUUAAAUUACUUGUUUAAGGCGAUUUGAUAAAGGUACUGAUUAAUUAAACAGUUUUGUCUUUAA